AGACUAGUAGGCUAGCUAGCUAACGUUGGCAAGUUUAAGUCCUACUGCCUGGAAAAUACGGUUUAGUUGCUUUACAUUUUAUUUGAAGGUAAGACACCAAGAUAACACGUUUAGCAGCGUGAACGUUUAGCUACCAGUUAGCUAUAAUUUUUUAAUUCCAAUGACAAUGUGAUUAAUUUAACGCUAACGCGGCAACUUGGUAUCUAACAAAUAACGUAGAAACAUUCUCAUUCAUUGCUGUUUAGAUAAUUUCUAAUUUGGCGAAAAGUUUACCAACACCUUGCAAUUGGUAUACCGUCUAACUUAAUCGCAUUACUCAAGCUAGUUAUCACUGAAUUGAUUAUUGAGCUAGCUAUCUGUUCAUAGAGUUGUCCUAUGUUGUUGACAUUCUUUUCUCAACAGACUGCAUCUGCAUGAAGAUGAUUGACGAGUUCGAGAGUCAUGAGACUCGGUCCAGCCGUGAGCUGUGGUCAGAGAUCUGCUCGAGCCUGCCUGACGUGCAGAAGGAAGCUCAAGGCCAAGGGGGGGAUGAUGCCACACUGUUCACAGAUUCAUUCCAACCCUCACAUGUUGGCAAUGGCCUGCAAUCUAAUGGCAUGUCUACGAGUUCCUCCUCUCACAGCGCCUGGGAACCUAUGGAAGACUCGGAUGUCUACAUUGCUAGUUUAGGUAAAGUCAAUCUAAUAUCGAUCUUCUGUCAUGUGUGUUCCUCCACCCUUAUCUAUGGCCCUUUUGAUGCCAUCAACACUGGUCCUUGACUUUAACUCCAACACCUGUGUAAGUACUAGGGUGGAACAAAAGCUUGCAGACCCAACAGUUGUCUGUGGGUUUGGUGACCACCACCAAUGCUUUACUGUAGUUUAGAGGGUCAGCAUUCUUUCCAUUUCGAUGUUGGAUACAUGUAAACAGUAGUGUAAAACUUCUCAUGCAUCAAUUCUAUGUCCAGAAAGAGAGGAAUAAUUAAUAUGAAAGUAUCCGAAUGCAUAUCCCACUGGGCAUACACUGGUUGAAUCAACGUUGUUUCCACGUCAUUUCAAUGAAAUUACGUUGAACCAACGUGGAAUAGACAUUGAAUUGACAUCUGUGCCCAGUGGGACUUUACUGUUGAUCCUAUUCUCCUCUUUCAACACACUUCUAAGUCUCAUUUUCACUCGGCUAUUUGGAAUGAUUGUGAGAAAGCUGGAAAUCAAGGUCGGAAAUCAAGGUUCUAUUAAUCCUAAUCCCAUAGUUCUUAACAUACUAUUGAAGUUGAAUAUAAAUCCUGUCUUUCAGAGAACCGUCUGAAGAGAAUAAAGGGCCAGUGUACUGAGGUGACUUCCAGGGAGAUGCUGCGCUCCCUAUCUCAGGCCAAAAAAGAAUGCUGGGAUAGAUUCUUGCAUGACGCUCAGAGCUCGGAACUCUUUCAGGAGGGCGAACUAGAUCAGAGGUGAGCUGAAGAGCAUAAUUUGUUGUACUGUUAGAAGUAGGCCUAUUAACUUUCUCCACUAUCUCUGGACAGCUUUGGAGGCUGAGCUUAUAAAGUGUCUUACAGGUCCAUGGAUUGUUUUGUUAUAAACAUUUUACAUUUAAGUCAUUUACGUCAUUUAGCAGACGCUCUUAUCCAGAGCGACUUACAGUAAGUGCAUUCAUCUUAAGAUAGCUAGGUGAGACAACCACAUAUCACAGUCGUAGUAAGUAUAUUCUUCCUCAAAAAAGAAGUGAUCAGCAAAGUCACUGCUAGUAGGAAAUGUAUUUUAUUUUAUUUUUUGGGGGGUGUACGACUGAGAUGUCUUAUUUAAGAUACUCUUUGAUGAGGGAGGGUUUAAGACGUUUUUCGGGAGAUGGGCAAGGAAGACAGAUUAGAGCUUUGACUGGGCUGAGCGGGAGCAGACCUCCCGUAGGGGUGGGACGGCCAAGAGACCAGAGGUGUCAGAAUGGAGUGCUCGGGUUGGGAUGUAGGGUUUGAGCAUAGCCUGAAGGUAGGGAGGGGCAGUUCCCUUUGCUGCUCCGUAGGCAACCACCAUGGUCUUGUAGUGGAUGCGAGCUUCGACUGGGAGCCAGUGGAGUGUACGGAGGAGCAGGGUGACAUGGGAGAACUUGCAAAGGUUGAACACCAGAACACCAGAUGGGCUGUGGCAUUCUGGAUAAGUUGCAUGGGUUUGAUGGCACAAGCGGGAGCCCAGCACCGCUUCUUGUGUGAGGAAAGGUUUGCAGAGAAUGACAGGAUGUUGUCCAGGGUCACGCCAAGGUUCUUUACUCUCUGGGAGGGGGACACCGUGGAGUUGUCAACCGUGAUGGUGAGGUCUUGGAGGGAGCAGGCCUUUCCCAGGAAGAAGAGCCGCUCCGUCUUGUCGAGGUUGUGCUUGAGGUGGUGGGCCGACACCCAAGCUGAGAUAUCUGCAAGGCAUGCAGAGAAGCGUGUUGCUACCUGGGUAUCAGAAAGGGGGAAUGAGAAAAGUAGUUGAGUGUCAUCCACAUAGCAGUGAUAGUAGAGACCAUGAGAGGAGAUGACGAAGCUGAGUGACAUGGUGUAUAGAGAAAAGAGGAAAGGGCCUAGAACCGAGCCCUACACCAGCAAUGAGAACAUGUGGUGCAAACACAGAUCCUCUCCACACCACCUGGUAGGAUCGACCUGCCAGGUAGGAUGCAAUCCAGGAGUGUGCAGAGCCUGAGACGCCCAGCCCUGAGAAGGUGGAGAGGAAGAUCAGAUGGUUCACAGUGUCUAAGGCAAUGGAUAGAUCUAGGAGGAUAACAACAGAGGAGAGAGAGUCAGCUUUGGCAGAGCGGAGAGCCUCCACGACACAGAGAGCAGUGACAUCAGAGGGGUCGAGUGUUGGCUUCUUUAGGAGGGGAGCAACUCUGGCCAUCUUCAAGUCAGAGGGGACGCAGCCAAUGGUCAGGGAUGAGAUGGAGAGGAAUGGGAGAAGGUCUUUGGAGAUAGUCUGGAGAAAGGAAGAGGGGAUGGAGUGGGCAGGUUGUCGGGUGACUGGACAUUACUACUCGCAGGAUUUCAUCUGGAGAGAGAGAGAGGGGAGAAAGAGGUCAAGGCGUAGGGUAGUUCUGUGUGAGUGGGACCAGUGGACUCAGUAGGCUGAGUGAAUGAGGAGCGGAUGUCGUCAAACUUUUUUUUCAAAGUGGUUGACAAAGUAGUCCGCAGGGAGGAGGAGUAGGUGGAGGAUUAAGAAGGGAGGAGAAGGUGGAAAAAUUGUUUCCCAGGGUUGGAGGCAGAGACUUGGAAUAGAAUGAUAGAAAGCGGCUUUAGCAGCGGAUACAGAAGAAGAGAAGGUAGAGUGGAAGGAUGAUAAGUCCUCCAGAAGUUUAUUUUUCCUCCAUUGUCACUCAGCUGCCCGCAGUCCUGUUCUUAGAGCACGCAGUCACUCAGCUAAUGCGCUGUUCUGCAAGCAUGCAGUCACGGAGCAGGAGGGGAGGUUCGAGCUGGCCGGGAGGAAAGGGGAUAGUUGGAGUCAAAUGAGGCAAAUAGGGAGGAGAGUAGGGUCGACGCGGCAGAGUCAGUAGACAGGCGGGAGAAGGAUUUAGCAGAAGGGAGAGAUGAUAGGAUAGAAGAGGAGAGGGAGUGAAGAUUGCGAAAGUCCAUGACCAUCUGGGUAGGGGCUGAGUGGGUAGGAUUGGAUGAGAGAGGGAGAUCAAAGUAGUUAUGAGACCUGGAGGGGGAUUGCAGUCUGAGACCUGGAGGGGGCUUGCAGUCUGAGACCUGGAGGGGGGUUGCAGUGAGAUUAGUAAGCGUAUUGCCUGCCAUGUGAGUGUGAGGGGACUGGGUGAUGUCAAAAGAGGCAAGGAGGGUAAAGAAAGUGGUGGAAAGAAAUGAGUUGAAGUCAGGCAUUGGGAGGUUGAAGUCGCCCAGUACUUUGCCUCUUUUUGUAAUGAAAGGAUGUGUGAUAACUUCCAUCUGUUCUUCACAGUGCCCUGGAGCAUCUAAAGCGUUGGCUGGUACCUGAGAAAGUGGCCAUCAGCGCUGAGGAGCUGGAAUAUCUCCUCCUGCCGUCACUGAGCCGAGAGCAGAACUCCACGGACCAAUCACAGAGUGGACCAGAGGCAGCCACUCAGAACCCUGAAGAGGAUGAGAGUCACACACCGGAGAAA